UGAGUCUGCUGUCUCUUCUAAAUGUAUAUCAGAAGAAACAUCUGGUUGAGAUUUUGUCAUAUCACACUUGUGAUUCACAAACUCGAAAUGCUCCAGAAAUGGACUGCCUUAUCAGGCUUCAGGCUCAGAACAUACAGCAGCGACACAUAGUCUUUCUAACAGAGAAGACUAUCAAGAUGGUUUCCAGUUAUACAGAUAAUGGAAUUGUAGUUGCAACUGCUGAAGACUUUAUGCAAAACUUUAAAAGUCUUGUGGGAUAUCAUAACUCAGUCACAGAAGAAAGUCUUCCGCUGCUUGGUGCUAUUGAGAAUCUUGAGUCACAGUCAGAUGCUGUUUUGACAUUAACCCCUUUGGAGCUGGGAGUUGGGGUUUCCCAACAUUAAACGUGAACACAUUUCGCAGAAGCUUUUAGCAUCGGAUUAUCUGGACACUCACACCUAGUGUGAGUGUUGUGACUAAGUGAACUUGUGGCAG